AUGGCGACGCACCGCUUCGACCCCACCUUCACUGACAGGGUCAUCGACGCGAUGGGCCCCAAGACCUCGCCGCGAAUGCGACAGCUCAUGACCGGCCUGAUUCGCCACAUGCACGACUAUGCGCGCGAGGAGGAGCUCACCGUUGACGAGUGGAUGGCCGGUGUAAAGAUGCUCAAUUGGGCCGGACAGAUGAGCGACGAUAAGCGCAAUGAGGGACAAUUAGUGUGCGACGUGUUCGGACUUGAAUCUCUCGUCGAUGAAAUCACCUUCAAACUCGCCGAAGAAGCUAAGGAUGCGCCCACUGCCACAGCUAUCCUGGGCCCGUUCUUCCGUGCCGAUACACCCUGGCGCCAGAAUGGCGAGGAUAUCGUCAAGACUAAGCCUGCUGAUGCUGAGAUGGCGUUCAUGCAGGGUCGCGUGAUGGACUUCCAGACCAAGAAGCCGCUUGUCGGUGCCUCAGUUGAGGUGUGGCAAGCUUCCACCAACGGACUUUACGAGCAGCAGGAUUCCGAGCAGGUUGAGUUCAAUCUGCGCGGCAAGUUUAAGACGGAUGAGGAGGGUCGGUACUGGUUCUACUGCCUGCGCCCGACUCCCUACCCUGUACCCGAUGAUGGUCCUGCUGGGAAGCUCCUUGAGUUGAUGGAUCGUCACCCCUUCCGUCCUGCUCAUAUUCAUAUUCUUGCUACUUGUGAAGGCUACCGUCCCCUCACCACCCAGAUCUUCGACCGCAAGGAUAAGUACCUGGACAAUGACUCUGUCUUUGCCGUUAAGGAUUCGCUGAUUGUGGACUUCGUACCGCGCGAGAAUGAUCCCGAGGCUUCUCUUGAGCUUAACUAUGAUGUUAAGCUGGUGAAGGAUGAGGCUAGCACUAACGGCGUAUGA